AUGACGUAUAUGAGAAGAAUGUUAACAGUCAAAACUAUGAUUGAUAAUAAAGAUAGCGAAAUUUGCCUUUUACUAUCGAUUUCAUUUACAUCUUGGCAUGUACAAUCAGCUGAAAAUGGAAAUUUUGAAGAUGCGGAUCGUGGCAGUGAUUUUGCAACUUCGAGCUUCGGUGAUGCAGAUGGGCAAUGGGAUUUACGACAUAGUAUACCUGGUGAACCGGAAAUCGAUUAUCCAAUUUACAGUGUAGCACCAAAAACUAGCUUUUCAUGUGAUAAUCGACAUGAAGGUUAUUAUGCUGAUGUUGAAACAAGAUGUCAAGUUUUUCGAAUUUGUACAAAUACAGAUCUAUCAGGAGAAGGUUUCGCGUUUCUCUGCCCCAAUGGAACACUUUUUAGUCAGAGAGAUUUUGUUUGUGAUUGGUAUCGAAAUGUUGAUUGUACUGAAAGUGAAAAUUUUUAUUUCAAAAAUGAAGGUAUUGGUACACCCGAUGAUAAAGAUGAAUUAAUGAAAGCAGUCAAAGAAAUGGUUGAAUUUCCAAUGAAAACAAUAACGAAAACUAUUCAGAAAACACCAAAAGGUUCUGCUCCAAGUGUAAAACCUACAAAAUCUUCAAUUAAUCAACAUCAUGACGUUCAUGAUAAUCGAAAUCAAGGUGCAUCUGGUAAAGAUAAAAAUAGAGUUACAAAUUCAAAUAAAGAUUUUACAAUUAAUGUGGAAAAUGAGAGCAAUGAAGAAAUUCAAGUAAAAUCAUCUAAGAAACAACAACAUCAUAAUCAAAAUCAACAUCAUCGUAAUAAUGGACAUCAUGGAAAUGGAGGACGUAAUAAUCAAAAUGGAAGACAGAAUAAUUCUGAAUCAAGAAAUAAAUUAAAAGGUUCAUCUUCAAAUUCUGGUAGAGAUCGAAUUGAAACAGAUGAAUCAGAUAAAUUUAUACCACCACGUGUAUACGUUAAUAGUUUAGGUGAAUUAUCAACUGAUCCUGGUGUUAAUUUUGAUCCAAGAACAUCAUAUGUUAUUGAACCAGAUCAGUCUAGCCGAAGAGGAAAAGUUAGAAAUCGUGAUCAAAAGAAAUCAUUAGAUGAUGUUUUAGGAGAUUCAGCAUCAGGCAAAAAUCACGUUGAAGUAGAACGUCGCGAAAAAUUAAAGCAAGGCUUACCAGGUACAGAUAGUAAACGUGUAAGAGUUUCUGGUAAAAUUAAAGCUUCCAUUAGUGGAGGAGUCGAUGACAAUGGAGAUAAUCACAGUGCUGUAGCUUCAAAAACAAAAUUAAGUUUUGCUGAACGUAUUAAUGCUGGUUUGAAUGGUUUUGAAAAUUCCGAUUCGUUAGAGUUAUCUGCCAAUGGAAAUACUUCAAAUAUACCAGAAUUUGUACGAAAUUUUAUUGAUAAGAAAACAAAUCGAAAGCAAAAUGAAUCGAAAAAACAACAGCCUGAAGAUGAUCAUGAUAAAUUUUUAAAUUUAGCUGAUAAUGUUAAUGGUGGCUUUUUAAGUAAUGAUCACUCUGGUUCUACUCAUACUCAUAUUCAUAAAGAAUACCAUUUAGAUAAGACUGUAAGUUACCAUGGCGAUAAUAGUAAUAGUAAUAAUAAUAAUAAUAAUAAUAACAAUCAGCGUAAACAGAAUCGUGGACCUAAAGUAUUUAACGGUGAAGAUAAUUUGAGUGAACCAAUACAUGAAUCGCAUAAAUCAUCACAAGUAGUUGUAACACCGAGACCACCAAAAGAAAGCUCAAUUUCAAGUUCAAUUAAUAAUAUUGCUCCUAAAUCUGGAGCGGCUACAACAAAUACACACACAAUUGCUACCAAUCUUAAUGUUGGACAAGCUUUCCAGGGCACAAAGUCUACAGACUCGUCAACAAAAAAACCAGUAGUUGAUGAAUACCGUUCUGGAAGACAAUUUCAAUUUUUCGGGUCAGGGUUUACUAAACCUGGUCAAACACCAGUUACUUUAGCACCAUUUAAUGGAAAUGGUGAUAAAGAUAGUAAAUAUUUACCACCAGCUCAUGUUCAACCAUUCAUUUCUCAAUUCAAUUCAAAUUCUAAUAAUAAAGUAGAAGAAGUUCGUAGUAGGGUAAGUAUAAAAGGACCUGGAGUUGUACCAUUACAUGGCUCUACACAACAAAAUGAAGCACAACAGUUUUCAUCGUCAAGGCAACCUAAACAUCAAAAUAUACCAAAUCGACAAGUUGUAAAAGGUCCAGGUAGAGUAAGUCUAGCAGCAUCUUUACCAGUUCAAAAUUUGAUUGUUUCGGAAGAGAAAAAUGACCAAGUUACAAAUGACAUAUCAAAAACACAAUCAAUAUCACAAAACGAAUCACUUGUACCAAGAAAGCCAAGUCCAUAUUAUUUACCACCUGCCAGAUUUUCAUCUCGUGUACAACAACCAGCUUCAAAUGUUCCAGAUUUAUUUUUAAUGGUUGGUGAUAUUAAUGCAGCCGAAGAAACAAAAUCAUCUAAUGAAGAUGUAACAGUAAAACGUCGCGCAGAAGCUUUACUUGUUCAAGGUGUACAACAAGCAUUUUUCGAGAAUGAAUACAAUGGAAAUGCUAUUGAUGAUUCGAAUCAACCUAAUAAAGCACCGGUUCUGGAUCCAUUAGUAAUUCAUGUUGAUGAGGAGGAACGGAAAGAUAGCGAUGUUACAAAUAUCGAAAAGUUAUUGGUUGGAAACAUACGAAAUUUUUUACGAACUGGAAUUGAAAACGAAAUAAAAUCCAGCGAACGUUUUGAAAAUACUACAAUUGACACUUUUGAUGCAGAGCAACAGAAUAAUGAUCAAUCAACAGUAGGAAUAUUCCCAUCUGAAACAACAAUAUCACCAAUAACAAAUCUUAUUACUGAACAAACAACUGUUUCAAAUGAUUUCAAUUUAAGUUCAGAUUCGACAACUGAAAGUGAUACAUUCAAUACGACGGAUAUUGUGCCAGUUCUAUCAACAACUAAUCCAGAUUUUGAAACAACAACUACAGCAUUGAUUACAACUGAAGGACCCACACAAAUAAGUUUAUCCAAUCGAACAACUACUGCAUCAAAAUUGAAAGGAAUAAGUUUAAGACGUUUAACAGUCAAGCCUAUUAAUUAUUCUAAAAAACCUUAUAGUUUACGUCAAUAUCCCAAAACAAGUACAACAGCAAAACCAAACAAGUUAACGAAUAAUAUUAAAAGGCGUCCUCUGAAUCGUUUGGCUUUAAAAGAUUUAGCAAAUAGUGAGACAACACCGGCUUCUAUAGAUAGUACUGCCAGUGGAAACAAUGAAACCGACACAGAUGAUUUACAAGCAAUCGCUAAUUCUUAUAGAGCAUAUCGUCCAACAACAACAUUAAGUAGAUUAAGAAUACAAAAUGAAACAGCUACAAAAUAUACUAGAAAUAAUCGUUAUCGUUCGUCAAAUUUGUUACGUAAUCGUAAUGCAGUAACAACAACAACAUCAGCACCUGCUAAUGUUACUACAACUAUUGGAACUAUAACAACAACUACUGUUUCAUCUGUCAAUUCUUCAAAUUCUACUUUUUCUUCUAUUUCUUCUAAUUCUAACAAUAAUCUAUCUAUCACAAAUCUAAUACCAUUUGACAUUUUAUCUAAAGCUAUACAUGGUAAUACAGAAUCCACAAAUUUACAGAAUUUCAAAAAUCGUUUCCACAAUUUACAAGAACAAGAACAAUCUCGCUUUAAUAUAAAUGAUACUCUAAGAGGAUUACAAAAAACAUACCAAACACAAUCACAUUUAUCACCCAAAGCCCUAUAUACACAAAUUCCCGGAACUAAUAUAAAAAUAUCGAAAUCAAAUGAAGAAGCUUCAUUUUCUUUUGAUCCAAAUACUGGACUAAGACCACAACCAGUUUCAGCUAGUCAUCAAACUGGAUAUGUCCCUCUAGAACAAUAUAUAACACAAACACUUAGUAAAACUCUAUCAUCACCAGAAUUUAUUGGAAAUGGCCAAUUAUCUAGACAAACAACAAUAAAUCCAUUGCAACAAAUUACAAUUCAUCCAACAAUAUCAACACAAUCACAAAAUAAUCAUAAUAUUUUUUCAUUUACAUCAUCACCAAUAUUACCGACAUUUAGACCAUCAAUUCAGGGUUCACAGAUUCGACAACAGCAACAACAAUCACAAUUAAAUUUAAAUAAUAGAGGAUUAUUUACAUCACCGUCAUCAUCAUCAUCAUCUAAGCUUGCAGGUUUUAUAAAUAACAUUCAACAACAUGAGCAACAGCAGCAACAACAACAACAACAACAACAAAAUCAACAGCAUUUUGUUCAUCAAUAUCAUAAUAUACCACCAACGAAUCCCACAACAUCAUCAUUUAGUUUUAAUCAAUUUGGAAGUCUUCCACCACAACCAAUUUUGUUAAGUUCAUCACCACAACCAAAGACUCAACAAAUAUAUGAACCGUUCGUUCAAGGAAAUGGAUAUUCACAAUAUCCAUUAGCCAUAUUUAAUGAAAUACCAAUAGCACAACGUCGUCUCGAUUUAUCAGAUGAUGAUGGUAAAACUGGAAAAUCACUUUAUUCAGGAGUUUCAUCAUAUCAUGUCCCAUUAGGUAGUAUUGGUAGAUUAUCAGGUGAUAUUGCAGCAACGAAACGUUUAAGGCGGAAUGCUCAAUUAAUUAGUUAG